CCAGAACUGACAGGGGGGGAAAAAACAAGAACAACAUAGACACAAACCCUUUAAAUGGUUUCAUAAGUGUUUCCGUUAAAGGACUAUAACGAAGGGCAUUUUAUGUCUGGGAGGUUUCUGGUUUCAACGGUUUCAACCAACUCUGGCGAACAACGUCUCGUAUUUCAAAGCGGAACCCAAGUUGACUUUGAGCUCAGUGUCUGUUUCCACACGAACAAAUAAUCGCGUUUAUCAUUGUAACGUAGCGGAGAUGGCAGCCCUCCGAACGGCACUUCAUGGACGACUUGUUCAGACCCUUCCCUUCUCCUUUGGCUCACUGCGGUCCGCCAGCUCCUUUAAGGCAGCAGAUCUCGUCAUCGAACACAAUACAGCCUGUAAGCCAAAGCCUGACCCCUCCACCUUGGUGUUCGGCAAACAGUUCUCCGACCACAUGUUGACCAUCAACUGGUCGGAGAAGGGCGGCUGGGAGGCUCCUCAGAUCAAACCUUUCCAGAACCUGUCGCUGCACCCGGCCAGCUCUGCCCUGCACUACUCCAUAGAGCUGUUCGAAGGCAUGAAGGCGUUUCGUGGAGAGGACAACCACAUCCGCCUGUUCAGACCCAUGUUGAACAUGACGAGGAUGCAUCAGAGCGCUGACAGAAGCUGCCUUCCUUCGUUUGACAAAACUGAACUUCUGGAGUGCAUCAAGAAGCUGGUGGAGGUCGACCAGGAGUGGGUUCCCUUCUCCCAGGACGCUAGCCUCUACAUCAGACCCACCUUCAUAGGAAUUGAGCCGUCCCUCGGCGUGUCUCGGGCAGGAGAAGCUAUGAUCUUCGUCAUCAUCGGCCCAGUGGGCCCGUACUUCGCUACGGGGUCAUUCAAUCCUGUGUCUUUGCUGGCGGACCCUUCAUUUGUCAGGGCUUGGCAAGGAGGCGUCGGGUCCUAUAAGAUGGGAGGUAACUACGGUCCUACAAUAGCUGUGCAGAACGAGGCGGUGAAGCGCGGCUGUCAGCAGGUCCUGUGGCUGUACGGAGAGCAGGAGGAGAUCACUGAGGUCGGCACCAUGAACCUCUUCAUCUACUGGAUCAAUGAUAACGGAGAGAGAGAGUUGUUCACUCCUUCUCUGGAUGGCAUCAUUCUCCCAGGAGUCACCAGACAGUCCCUGCUGGACCUGUCCAGAAGCUGGGGUGAGUUCAAGGUGACCGAGCGCACGAUGGGCAUGAAGGAGCUGCUGGAGGCUCUGGAGUCUGGGAGGAUCCUGGAGGUGUUCGGCGCGGGGACGGCCUGCGUCGUGUGUCCUGUCGGCAGCCUCCUCUACAAAGGAACGACUUACCAGAUCCCGACUAUGGAGAACGGGCCGGACCUGGCCAAGAGGUUCUACAAAGAGCUUACUGAUAUUCAGUAUGGACGCAAAUCAAGCGAAUGGGCCCCACUGGUCGUCUAAAUGGCCGUAUUGCACAUGCCAAUUGUAUCAACAGUCCCAUGAUUCCAGUCUGGACGACCAGCAGCCGCCCCCCCCACUCUACUCUACUCUCAACCCACUAAUGCACUCCUGCAUACUUACCUGCCGAGGAGACGGACGCCUCUCUGACGCUCUUCGAAAGCAACUUUUACAUCUUUCUUCUCUGUGUGGACUCUCACAGGAGCUUUGGAAAGCAAUAUUAACAACAAUAUGCAAUGUUUUGAAUUGACUGACCCCGACCCUUAACCUCGAGGUAUGUAAGACAAAGUAGGACAAAUUGCUGUUCAAAUAUUAAAACUUAAAACUUAAAGAUGUGAGGUGGGCGGUGGUGAUGUAUAAUGUAUAUUAGACUAAACCACAUUCAAAACACUAAUGUAGUUGAGUAAAUCUGUACACAGAAAACACUCCAUUCAAGUAUUUGUCUCGCAUUCACCUGGAGUAGUUCCUUGUGAGGGGCUUACAGUUCAUAGCACAAACAUUCAUUAACAUAAACAUUGUAUUCUGGCAUUAACAAAAAAAAAAGGCUGUGAGGCCAGUUUACCUCUCGGCAUUAGCAAUCUUCUACUAACAAUAACCCGUACGACUUACUACAACCUGUGUUCCCCCCCCCCCCCCCCCCGAAACCUUUUAACUGUUACGUGUGAGUAGAACCUGUAAACGCAUCAUAGCAUAAUGUUUUGUUACAGUCGUGUACAUGAUCCGGGAGAGUAACGCUGGUAGUUUUCAUGGGGCCACGUCACUUUGACACCAGAGUUUGCACUGAGACCUUGUUAAAUGUCAGGUUUGGAUUUCAAACCUGGAGAGGUUUUUAUGUUUGUUGGUUUUGUUUGUGAAGACGACGACUGCACAAAAACAAAUCUUGAGAUUAAGAAGGUGUAAUAAGACGGCGUGCUGUAGAAGAAAGAGGACGGUUACUCCUGCACUAGUUUGUGUGUAAUCAUUAUGAAAACAUAGUGUUGUUGUUUUAGAGGGUUUUAAAUUAUAUUUUUCUUUGUCUUGAUGUGAAAUUAGGCUGCCUGUCUUCCAAAAUACUUGACUGUUUUCUGGCCUUUAUGUCCUUCCUCUCUAGUUUUCCUCACUUUGAAUGUAUUUUUGCUUUUACACACAUGCUAUCCCUCUCUUCUGUCUAAGUGCCUGACCUCAGUCUGGUGGAUCUUCAGCUGCUGUUUUUAUUCUUUCCAGUUUGUGCACUAGGGGAUGUAGCUGGAUUCUUUGUCGGUUUAGUUGUUUAAAAUGUGCUGUUACUUUUUAAUCGGCUGUAAUGUUUUUACAAUAAACUUGCUCCAAGUUCA